UAAAGACUAUAUGGUUGAACUCUCCGGUGAUUGGUUACAGGGAACACGCGUGUGGCUGCAGGAACCUGAUUAUAUGCGGCCCUGCACUCUUGGAUCCUGUGCUAAUGGCUCCAUGCUCUUCACUUCAGACUAUGGGGAGGUGUUCUGCUAUCCACAAGGCUCUCUGCCAAAAGAAAAAAUUCUGCCAAUGCAUCAGUCAAGUGUAGACGGUGUGGAGGACAUGUCCAUGCUGGGAGACUUACAUGAGGCUGCCAUCUUGCUCAACCUGCACCAGCGCUACAAGCAGAACCACAUCUAUACAAGCAUCGGUUCUAUCUUGGUUUCGGUGAAUCCCUACAAACCCAUUACUGGGCUGUACGAUGCAUCCGCCAUUGACUUGUACCGACAGCACUGCCUGGGGGAGCUGCCCCCUCACAUUUUUGCCACGGCCAGUGAGUGCUACAGCUGCCUCUGGAGGCGUCAUGACAGCCAAUGCAUUCUGAUCAGUGGAGAAAGUGGAGCAGGAAAGACAGAGAGUACCAAGUUGCUGUUAAAGUUUCUGUCAGCCAUGAGCCAGUUCUCCUUGGGUAGCUCUGCUUUGGAGAAGACCACACACGUGGAGGAAGCUAUCCUCGAGAGCAGCCCAGUCCUGGAAGCUUUUGGAAAUGCCAAGACAGUCUAUAACAACAAUUCUAGCCGCUUUGGCAAAUUCAUCCAGCUACAUUUUUCUCAGCAUGGGCAUAUCCAGGGAGGGAGGGUCACAGACUAUUUAUUGGAAAAGAACAGGGUGGUUCACCAGAACCCAGGAGAACGUAAUUAUCAUAUCUUCUAUGCAUUAUUAGCUGGUGUCAGCGGGGAACAAAGAGAAGGAUUCCACUUGCUGGAACCCAAGAACUAUCGUUACCUCAACCAGUCUGGCUGUAUAAUCAAUGAGGACCUGGAUGACCGAGAGAUGUUCAGCAAAGUUAUGACUGCAUUUGAAGUCAUGGGAUUCAGUUCUGAAGAGAUCAGAGACAUCUUCAAACUUAUAUCUGGCAUUCUACAACUUGGAAACAUUGAGUUCAUGACUGCUGGAGGAGCUCAGAUUACCACAAAAACUGUGCUGCAUAAUGUCAGUGAACUGCUUGGCUUGGAUACCUUCCAGCUGUCUGAGGUACUUACUCAAAGGUCCAUGUUUCUACGUGGGGAAGAAAUUAGCUCUCCCCUCACUGUGGAGCAGGCUACUGAUUCCAGAGACUCUCUUGCCAUGGCCCUUUAUUCACGGUGCUUCUCGUGGAUCAUUGGAAAAAUUAACUCAAAGAUCAAAGGGAAAGAAAAUUUUAAAUCUGUGGGAAUCUUGGAUAUAUUUGGUUUUGAAAAUUUCCAGGUAAAUCGUUUUGAGCAGUUUAACAUUAACUAUGCAAAUGAGAAGCUCCAAGAGUACUUCAACAAGCACAUCUUCUCCCUGGAGCAGCUUGAGUACAACAGAGAGGGAAUCAUCUGGGAAGCCAUUGAUUGGAUGGAUAAUGCAGAAUGCUUAGAUCUUAUUGAGAAGAAACUUGGCUUGUUGGCAUUAGUUAACGAGGAGAGUAGAUUUCCCAAAGGCACUGACAGCACCCUCUUGGAAAAACUGCACAACCAGCAUGGGAACAACCAGUAUUACAUGAAGCCUCGAGUGACAGAUUUCCAUUUCGGGAUCCAGCAUUAUGCUGGAGAAGUCCUCUAUGACGUGAGGGGCUUUCUGGAAAAAAACAGAGAUACCUUUCGAGAUGACAUUUUAAACAUGCUGAAGGACAGCAGGCUGGACUUCAUCUAUGACCUCUUUGAAAGAGUUGCUAGCUGCAACAGUGAAGACACUCUGAAGUUGGGAACUCAGAGACGCAGGCCAACUGUCAGCUCCCAGUUUAGGGACUCCUUACAUUCCUUAAUGGCUACUCUCAGCACUUGCAAUCCACUCUUCAUUCGCUGCAUCAAACCAAACCUGGAAAAGGCUCCAAAUCUGUUCAGUCCAGAUGUUGUGUUGAAACAGCUGCGAUACUCAGGGAUGCUGGAGACAGUGAAGAUUCGGAGAGCUGGCUUUCCCGUGCGGCGUCUUUGUCAAGAUUUCCUCUGCAGAUACAAAAUGCUUUUGAAGAAUUGGACCAACCCAGACAGUGGGAAAACCACGUGUUCAAGCUUUUUGCAGAUAUAUGACAACACCCAGAGAGAAUGGAAGCUGGGGAAAACCAAGGUUUUCCUGAAGGAGGUUCUGGAACAAAAGCUGGAAAAGGCCCGGGAAGAGGAGCUGAAGAAGGCGGCCACCGUCAUCCGAGCCCACGUCCUGGGCUACAUGGCAAGGAAGAAGUAUCGAAGAGUGCUAGCCAGUAUUGUUACCAUUCAAAAAAAUUAUCGCGCUCACUUCUGGAAGAAGUCUCUCUUGCGCCUGAAAGCCUCUGCUAUUGUCCUGCAAAAGCACUGGCGUGGAUGCCUAGCUCGCAAUCUCUAUCAAGAUCUGCUGGAGGAAAAACAGAGGCAGAAAGAGGAAGCUGAGGAGCAGAGGCGAGAAGAAGAGAAGAUUAGAAAGGAGGAAGAAGAAAGGCAAUGGCAAGAAGAGCAGGAGUGUAGAAGGAAACAAGAAGAGAAGGAAAAGAAAAGGAAAAAGGAACAGUUGGAAGCAGCACUGCAGGUAGCUCAGAUGGAGGUACUAAAAACCCAGAAGGAGAACCAUCCCCUGCGGGAAGAGGAACAGCGUCAAAUGGAGGAGAUUCUGCGUUUGGAAAGGGAAAUUGAGAAGCUGCAGUGGCAACAGAAGGCAGAUCAUGUGUCCAUUACAUGUGAGAAUACCAAGAAUGAGAUGAAGCGGCAGCGGGAAGAAGAAAUACAGAGGCUGGAGAAAGAAGCAUCUAGGGUUGCACAGGAGUUCUUAGAACUUUUAGAUUUUGGGAACCUGGAUGAAAGUGUGCAAAACUUAGAACGCUCCCUGUCUAGUGAAGGAACUCUCAAUAUUGAAUGUAGCCUUGUUGCUCCGCUAGCUGAGGAAGAAGAAGAUGAAGGUUUUCCUGCGGAUGAAGAAGGGCCGCCAGUCCCCAGCCCAAGUCUGUUGAACCAGGACAGUAGCACCAGGACCAGUGAUAACUAUUAUUCAGAGGAAGACACAUCUCCAAAUAUGCCAGUGUCUGGGGAGGAAGAGAACAGAGAAGGGAACACUCUGCUUCCUUCUACUGAGGGAGCUGGAAGCCCUCAGAAAGAACAUCUGAAAAGCAUAUACUGGAUAGGCUCAGAAGUAACGCAGAAUGACAUGGUAGAGGUGGAAGAUCCCAUUUACAGCUUGCCUCCAGAUGUGGAAUCAGAUUAUGACCACGAGGAAUAUGAUGGCAUUGUAGAUAGCAGCAGCACAUCAAUUGAGCCACUGAACAGGGAGGAGGUCCUGCACAAUUCUCUUAGCAACGGUGUGGAUUCCAAUCGUGGCAGCUUGGACUCGCUGUUUACUUACCUCCCACGUUGUGUCUUAUUUCCCAUGCUGCUCAAUAGCUAUAUGAAAUUGCUGGGAGACAUCAGACGUUUUAGAGUGGGGGAAAUUGUGGAUAUUCAUGAGAAAGAGAAUGCCCUCGAUAUUGUGACAGGUGAUCGGGUUUACCAUAUAGUGGCGGAAUCACCAGAGGAUGCCAGUGACUGGUUUAAUGUCCUAAGUCAUGUGCAUAGUGCCACAGAGCAACAGCUGAGAGAAAUGCAAGAUGAACAAGCCAAUCCAAAGAAUGCAGUGGGAACCCUUGAUGUUGGUCUUAUUGAUUCUGUCUGUGCAUCUGAUAAUCCUGACAGGCCAAAUUCCUUUGUCAUCAUCACGGCAAAUAGAGUCAUUCAUUGCAACAGUGACAUCCCUGAAGAGAUGCACCACUGGAUCUCUCUCCUACAGAAGCCCAAAGGCGAAUCCAGGGUUGAUGGGCAGGAAUUUAUUGUGAGAGGGUGGCUACAUAAGGAGGUCCAGAGCAACAACAAGAUAUUGUCCCUGAAGCUGAAGAAACGCUGGUUUGUACUGACCAGCACUGCCCUUGACUACUACAAGUCUUCUGAACGCACCGCCACCAAGCUCGGGACACUUGUUCUCAAUAGCCUCUGCUCAGUGAUCCAGCCCAAUGAAAGAAUCUUCAAAGAAACUGGUUACUGGAACAUCACUGUGCAUGGCAGAAAGCAUUCAUACCACCUCUACACGAAGUUGUUGAAUGAAGCCAUGCGCUGGGCCUCUGCCAUCCAAGGAGUCAUUGACAGCAAAGUUCCCAUCGAAACUCCCACACAGCAACUUAUUUGUGACAUUAGGGAAAAUAAUGCUAAUUCUGAAGUGGUAGAACAAAUCUACCGAAGGAAUCCCAUCCUGAGAUACACCCAGCAUCCCUUGCACUCACCACUGCUGCCUCUGCCUUAUGGAGAUGUCGGGAUCAACAUGCAGCAAGAGAAGGGCUAUAGCAGUCUUCAGGAUGAAGCCAUGAAGAUCUUCAACUCCCUUCAGGAGAUCGAGUCCGUGUCUGACCCUAUCCCCAUUAUCCAGGGCAUCCUUCAGACCUGCCAUGAUCUCAGGGGCCUCCGCGAUGAAGUCUAUUGUCAGCUGAUCAAGCAAACCAAUCAUGUGCCACAGCCCAACAGCCCUGGUAACCUUCACCACUGGCAGCUCAUGACCUGUAUGAGCUGUACCUUCCUUCCCAGCCGGGGAAUCCUCCGUUACCUCAAGUUUCAUCUCAGGAGAGUAAAAGAUUUCUUUCUGGGCACGGAAGUAGACCAGUAUUCUCAGUUCAUCACUGAUUCCCUGAAGAGAACCAAGAGCAGAGAAUUUGUCCCCUCCCAGGAGGAAAUACAAGCACUUAUCGCGCGGGAGGAAAUGACCACUACUGUCUAUUGCCACGGAGGAGGUUCCUGUCAGAUCACUAUCAAUUCUCACACCAGUGCAGGGGAGGUGGUAGAGAAGCUGAUCCGGGGGCUGGCCAUGGAAGACAGUCGGAAUAUGUUUGCCCUCUUUGAGCGUAAUAAACAUGUGGAUAAAGCCAUUGAGAGCCGGGUGAUUGUAGCAGAUGUUUUGGCCAAGUUUGAGAGACUUUCUGGAUCCAUGGAAGAGGAUGUGGACGGCCAUUGGCAGCUGUAUUUUAAACUCUAUUGCUUUCUUGAUGUUGAAAAUGUUCCCAAGGAGGGAGUGGAAUUUGCCUUUAUGUUUGAGCAGGCGCAUGAAAGUCUCAUUGAUGGUCACUUCCCCGGCCCAGAGGAGACCCUGCAACACUUGGCAUCACUGAGACUGCAGUAUCUUUAUGGGGACUAUUUCAAAAUCUCCUGGUCCCUUGACAGCGUCUAUCCAGUGAACCGUCUGAAGUCAAAAAUUCUGCAGUCGAUGAAGAGUAGCGGCUCCAGCAGCCAAGUUCUGGAGAGAAGGCGGACUAGCUUCCUGGAGGGCACUCUGAAGCGUGGCUUCAAGACAGGCUCAGUGAAGAAGCAAAAAGUGGAAGAGGAGCAGAUGGUAGAGAUGUGGGUGAAAGAAGAACUGUCAGCAGCUCGGGCCAGCAUCACAGAAAAAUGGAACAAACUGCAGGGGUUGCUACAGCAACAGGCCAUGGUGGCUUACAUGGCAAUCAUGAAAGAAUGGUCAGGUUAUGGCUCCACCCUCUUUGACGUUGAGUGCAAAGAAGGGGGCUUUCCAAAUGACCUUUGGCUCAGCGUCAAUACGGAGAAUGUGUCACUGUACAAACGGGGAGAUCCAAAGCCUCUGGAAACUUUCCAGUAUGAGCAGAUUAUCUUCUUUGGAGCUCCUCAGCCCAACACCUUCAAGCUGACUGUGGAUGAAAGAGAGAUGUACUUUGAAACCCCCCAGGUGGGAGAAAUAAUUAAAAUCAUGAAAGCCUACAUCAACAUGAUUGUGAAGAAAUGCUGUAGCAUCAGAUCGGCCACCAGCUUGGACAGCCAUGGGAGUAUCUGGAUGAGGUGAUUGGAUUUGCAGAGUGAAUUAUGCUGCUGAGAAGGAUCUGUGGUGUGACUCAGCCAAAUUUGUAGCAGAUUCGUUUUUGUAAGAAACCGUUACUCCAGAAUUCUCCUUCCAGCAUCUGCCUGACAAAUGAAGGGUCAGGGUUGAACAUCCAGACCUUUCAUAAUUAAAAUCAGAACAUCACAGGCUAGAUCCUGAGACAGUUUUAUGUGGGUUUUUCCUGAGCCCACUCUUGUGGGUCAGAUCUUACUGCAAGGACAACACAAGAGCCAUUUUUUGCUUGAAAGAUCAUCAUGUGAAAACCUUUUCUGCAAUAAAAGCAGCAGGAGAGUUGCUAAGUUAAUAUCAGCAAGAAUUCCACAUCCGAAAGAGAUUUUGUUAGCUCUUCUCCUUGGGUGGAGCAUGUGUGAUUUCUCAGGAAUGAGCUGCUACAUCUCAACAGACUUCAUCUUCCCAAGACUGUUACUAUCUCCAGUGGCUUCAAGCAAUGACUUCAACUUCCAAAUCAGUUUUCAGUACUACGUCUGUAGGCUUGGGACUCCUGCUACAUGGGAGAUCAGCUUGUCACAAGACUGCAUAAUUGUAAAGACAUGGCAUUGUUCCUUCUUGAAGUCCUUCGUAAUUUUUCAUGCUGCAUGUUUGGGGAAGUGCCACUUAGUAGAAAAAUAUUUAUCUGAUUCAUUCAGAGGAUAAAGUCAAAUUUUAUAUUCAUCUGUAUGCUGUGAAUUCUCUUUUCUUCCUUGGCAAGGAGUUUGGACUUUGCAGUAUUUUUUUAAUGUUCUUUUUUCUGCACUGCCAUCAUAUCUAAGCAAUGGGAAGAAUUGGUGGCAGAAAUAGCCUGAGUGCAUUCUCCUCUGGUCUGAUGCCUCCUAGAUAUGUUGAUGAAAUUGUAACUGAAUAUAACUAAAGGGUGCCAGGCUGGAGACAGAUACUCUGAGCCUAAGGUUAAAUGUGAUUUGUGUAGAAAAUAACACAUUGGCUCACUUGCACUGAAAAUAUUUUUGAAAACCCUUACACAUAAUACUGUGAUAAGAUGCUCUGAAUUCCUUGCUAAGAGAAUAGAGGCUCUGAGCCCUCAAUAUUGUUUCUCCAAAAUAAACAGGUUUAUCUUCAGAUCUAAUUUACCUGGGUUUGAUAGCAACAAGAAAUAAAAGAAAUUGGGGACAUGAUGAAGCCCGUCUCAAAAUAUGAAUAUCUGCCGCUCUCUUGGUGCUGUCCAGAGGCUUUGGAUUAAAACUCUCCCAGCCCCUUUCUUGUGUCUAUGGCAGCUGAGACUAAAAAGAAUCAAAAUAUCAGAGCACAAUGUUAUCUAGCCUCUGUCCCAAUGUAAGUAUUAUUUCAGAGUUUAUAAUUGAGAAAUCCAGGCUCUUGAAUUGUGCGCCCAAUCCUGAAUUUAUAUUACUUUCAGUCAUAGUAAGAAUGUUUGCCAUUCCUAAUACAGCUAAGCAACAUUUCCCAGACUGGGCUUUCUCCUGAUGCAUGAACUUCAGCUCUUGGAUGUCCCAAAGGGACUUUUUUUUUCUCCAAGAGACAACUGGACUGGUGAUUUUUCUUUGAAGACAUUUCGUUUCUUAUCCAAGAAGCUUCUUCAGCUCCAUAGACAUUCAGCUCUUGGAGUUCUCCAGGCUGAGGAAUGCUGAACUAGAGACUCCAUCUACUACCUUCUGGGAAUUUUUAAUGCUGCAUAUUUGGGGAAGUGCCACUUGACAGAAAAACAUUUAUCCGUGGUUCAUCCAGAGGAUAAGAUUACAUUUUAUGUGUGCUGCAGAAAGUCCAGCCCUCCCAGAACCCAUAGAAAAUAGAACUCUGCUAAGGAUUUCCCAAGCAACGACCUUCCAUUCCCUGUCUCUGGGAUUGCAAAUGAGGAACAUGGCCAGAUGAACAGAAUUUCAGAAGACCACAAUUGCCAUCUUUCCAUUCUCUGCCACAAUGGAGGAACAAUUAAGAGACUCCCCCAAAUAUUUGGUGCAUGAAUUGUGAUUUAUAUCUGUCAGGCUGGGAUCUAAACUUCACAACUCAUCUACAGGUGAAACUCGAAAAAUUAGAAUAUCGUGCAAAAGUUCAUUUAUUUCAGGAAUGCAA